UAAUUAUCCUAUUUUCAGUAAUUGUGAAGCAUUAUUGCGCAAAUCUAACUGACUGAUGUCAGUGCGCGAUGAUGAAAUAAUAUCGCACGUGUAGAAUACUUUUUGCUCCGAGUUGUAAUCGCAAUGUUAUUUUUCUGCGAAUUAUCUCAUAUUAAAGAUUAUGCAAACAUAAGAAUACGUAGCUCCUCUGCCUUUGCAAUAUUCAUAAAAAUUACUUUUUUUCUUUUUUCACACAAAACAAAAUAAGAGCAUUAUAUCAUGAAAUAUAAAUACCGUGUUCAAAAGUGUGGAAGAUAUAAAUAACGGUGUUUACUUUCCAAUUUCUUAAGUGUUACGUGUCUUCACGUCUCGCAAAUAAGUUUACGAAAAAAAGUAUAUGCCAAACGAUUCUGUCAAUCCGGUUCUAUCAAUAGCUUUUUCUUUAUUUCCACAAAAAAGGAACCUUGUGUGAAACAGUUACUUUUCAAACGUUAUAAAAAUUAUAUAUAUUACAUGUAUAACAUAAUAUACGUCAGAUCUGAUGAAAAUAAUAAUUAUUCAAUCAGCAUCGCCGUUGCAAUUUUGUGAAAACAAAAACAAUACUGUGGGACGAGCGAGACAUCCGGAAUAAACACGGAUAACUUCAUCACUGAACAUCAUAUUCGAUGAGUUCGAUUCUUCCGAAAUAGGAAAAAGCCCUUCGUAGUCCGCAAUGCACUCUCUUCGCGUAAAGACAAAAAAUGUGUGCGCGGACAGUGACAUCGUCACCGCGCGGUCGCCGUGAUGCCAAUCCGCGCGGCUGCUGCGAGUGUACACGCGCUCCUCUGAUCCUCCACUCUCUCGUCGAUUCCCUCUCUUUUCUUCCACGUGGGAAACUUCUACUUUGUAAGGUGAAUCCGCAUAGAGAGGGCGAGUGAUGCCACGUGGUCAAUCUCCCGACGAAAACGCUUUUAUUUGUGUAAGUCGCCUACAUAUACAUAUGCGCACAGAUGGAACAUGCUCACGCAAUGACCACAUGUAUGGAUACAGUUGCGUUCGCGACAAGCACGCACACACAUACACGUGUCCCAUGUAUUUGCCAUUCUGUUGGUGAGAAGCCUUACCAUUGGCUGUUGGUGUAGUGUGCUAGCAUAUAUAAGGGUCGCUUUCGUACAGUUACGCAUUACUACCGGGGAAAAUAGUCACCGCGUGACAUAACAAUCGGCAUUAUCAACAACAUUAAUUGCACUAUUCCGCCCUAAAAUUGUCGUGGGUUUGUUUUCCUUCCCUACUCCUGCGUCUCUUGCGCCACCUCCGAUGAAUGAUCUUUGCGAUCACAAGGCCACUUUUCACUUCUAAAAUUCGCCGCAGAACACCGGCGACUAACGUCAGGAUCUCGGAUUUAUAUUAAUUCGGCGAUCGUGGCCGGUCGCGCACGUUGAGAGAAUCUCGACUGAUCUCACGACGCGUUCCCGAUUAUUUUUGAAGAUCUCGGUGAAGGCGCUCGAUUUUUCCUGAAGAUACGAAAAUCCGUGGAGUUGUGAACAAACUCGCUGUGCGAUCAUUUCGCUGAGACAAACAGCCGGUGAUAUCAAGGAGACAUCGAAAGCCGAUCGCAGCAUCCACUAUGAUUGCGUCGGUUCUUCUCGCGGGAGGAUCCUGGGUGACGGGCUUCCUCUUCUGCUGCCUGCUAUCGCUCCUGUUAGUCCUGCUGAUGCAACGAGGAAAGUUUCUGUACGCCCUGAGGAAGGUGCCUUAUCCAUCGGCGCUGCCCAUCAUCGGCAACGCUUAUCAGCUCAACUGCACGCAAGAAGAGUUUUUUCAGAAACUGGUAAAAUGGGCCGGUGAAUUUGGCGACAUUUUUCUGGUCUGGGUUGGUCUGCGUCCUUUUAUCUUUCUCUACAGGGUGGAAUCGGUGCAGCCUCUGCUUCACAGCAGCGAGCACAUCGACAAGAGUCUUGAAUAUCAAUACUUGAAGCCUUGGUUAGGUACCGGUCUGGUCACUAGCACAGGACAAAAAUGGCAUUUCCGCAGGAAAUUACUGACGCCGACCUUCCACAGCAAUCUCAUCGAAGUCUACUUGAAGAAUGUGAAAGAAGAGACAGAUGUUCUAAUUUCUUGUCUCGGGAAGGAAGUCGGUUGCUGGUUCGAUGUGGUUCCUUAUGUAAAACGCGCUGCUCUUGACAUUAUAUGCGACACAGCGAUGGGCUACAAACUUAACGCGCAAAAAAAGUUGAACAAUAAAUACGUCGAGGCUGUGGACAAAAUCGCGUCUAUUGUGCAAAUGCGCUUUACGAACGUGUGGAUAGCGUCAGAUUCGAUUUUUAAGCUAACCAAGGCCGGAAAGGUGCACAAUCAUUCGCUUGAUAUUAUUCAUGAAUUUGUCGGCAAGGUAAUCUCCGAGAGGAAACUUAAACGUGACGGUAACUUCAACGAGCCGAUGAAGAAAAAAAAAGCUCUGUUGGAUUUGUUGCUGGAUAUAUCACAGGAUGGCACCAUCCUAUCGGACGAUGAUAUUCGCGAAGAAGUCAACACUUUUAUGUACGCUGGACACGACACGCUGGCCACUAGCAUAAGUUGGACGCUUUAUGCCUUGGGACGAAAUCCUCAAUAUCAAGAAAAAAUUCUGGACGAAUGCGACGAAUUGCUGGGCUCAGCGGAGGUCACAGUGGACAAUAUACACAAAUUAACAUGGUUAGAAGCCUGCAUCAAAGAGCAGAUGAGACUUUUUCCAGUAGCUCCACUCAUCGCCAGGCAGAUUUACAAGCCGAUCGAAAUAAUGGGAAGCGAAAUUCCACGGGGCUCGACAGUUCUUAUCAAUUCUUAUCUACUGCAUCGUGAUCCACGUCAUUUCCCCGAGCCGCAAGUUUAUCGUCCGGAGCGAUUCUUGCCGGAUAAGCCGAGGUUACCCCUUUACGCCUUCAUUCCCUUCAGCGCCGGUUCGCGCAAUUGCAUCGGCUGGAAAUUCGCCCUAAUGGUCGUCAAAGUGGCCGUUUUAUUGAUACUAAAGACCUAUCGCGUGGAGGCUCUCGAUAAAGAGGAUCAACUGCGCUUCAUAUCCGAAUUGGUGCUGGUCAACGCGAACGGAAUCCGUCUCAAACUCACACCGCGUAAACGAUAAAGGCGAUUUCUUUCCAAGUAUUCUUUUUCAAGCAGUGUAUAGGUUAAAAACAGUUUCAAUACUGUUGAGACAUGUCUUUUUCUUUGGUGUUUCAAUACGCAAUAAAACAUGCAAUAAAGGAUUUUACUUUUUAAAAGCAAUUCUAAAAUAUUUAAUA